AUGGUAGAGAAUACAGCAGCACUGAGCCUUUCCCAGCAAGAUUCCGAUUUCUCCACUGAGUUCAAGAUAUGUGGAUUUGUUCAUUAUCUUAACCUCUCUGGAGUUGUCAUUGGUUACACAAUAGCAUCAUCCAAUAGCAUGAUGGCAAUUAGGAGAUCUAAUUGUUUCAACAAGAGUGGAGGCAAAAAUCCGUGCCGUAUGAAUCCUUACAUUAUUGCUUUUGGGAUCACAGAAAUUAUUUUGUCGCAAAUUCCUGAUUUUGCUCAGCUAUGGUGGCUCUUCAGUGUUGCUGCUGUUAUGUCCUUCACUUACUCGUCUAUCGUUCUUGGACUAAGCAUUGCCAAAGUCGCAGAGAAUGGAAAAUUCAAGGGAAGCCUAACUGGAAUUAGCAUUGGCACUGUAACCCAAACCCAGAAGAUAUGGAGAAGCUUUCAAGCACUUGGUGACAUUGCUUUUGCGUAUUCUUACAUCAUUUCCCUCAUUGAAAUUCAGGACACAAUCAAAUCCCCACCGUCAGAGGCCGAGACAAUGAGGAAAGCAACUCUAAUAAGUGUUGCAGUGACAACCCUUUUCUACAUGCUCUGCGGCUGCUUUGGUUACGCUGCCUUUGGAGAUAUGUCGCCUAAAGAUCUCCUCACAGGCUUCGGAUUUUAUAGCCCAUAUUGGCUACUAGACAUUGCCAAUGUUGCCAUAGUAAUCCACCUUGUCGGUGCUUACCAAAUCCACUGCCAACCCCUCUUUGCCUUCAUCGAGAAAGCAGCAGCACAGAGAUUCCCAGAUAGCGAAUUCAUUAGCAGAGAAAUCAAAAUUCCAAUUUCUGGUUCCCAUUUCUACAACCUCAACCUCUUCAGAUUGGUUUGGAGGACAUGUUUUGUGAUCUUGACCACUGUGAUUUCAAUGCUCCUUCCUUUCUUCAAAGACAUAGUUGAUCUCUUGGGAGCUUUGGGAUUUUGGCCAUUAGCUGUUUACUUCCCAGUUGAGAUAUACGUAGCACAAAAGAAAAUACCAAAAUGGAGCACAAGAUGGCUCUGCCUCCAACUCUUAAGUGCUGCUUGCCUAAUAAUUACCAUAGCUGCUGCUGCUGGCUCCAUUGCUGGAGUUGUUGGUGAUCUCAAGUCUGUCAAGCCCUUCAAGACCUUUUAUUGAAUCAGUUACA